AUGUUUGUCACUCCGUGUCAACAGCAAGAAUUCAUCCACGCCCUUCGUCUCCCGCCGCCCCGCCCUUCGUCUCCCGCCGCCCCGCCCUUCGUCUCCCGCCGCCCCGCCCUUCGUCUCCCGCCGCCCCGCCCUUCGUCUCCCGCCGCCCCGCCCUUCGUCUCCCGCCGCCCCGCCCUUCGUCUCCCGCCGCCCCGCCCUUCGUCUCCCGCCGCCCCGCCCUUCGUCUCCCGCCGCCCCGCCCUUAUGCACACUUUCCAGGUGGUUCUAAUGGUAGUACUGGCUGGAGAAUCGAAUGCAGCUCGUAUUCUGGGUCUGUUCGAUUAUCCAGGAAAGAGUCACUUCGUAAUGUUCGAGGAGGUGAUGAAGGCGCUCGCUGCCAGGGGCCACGAGGUGUUUGUCUACAGCCACUUCCCUCAAGCUAAGCCCGUACCAAACUACACAGACAUCAGCCUGGUCGGUUCUCUGCCUUCCGUGGUGAAUGGAAUUCCAGUGGACGAUAGGUUUGGUAGAGAUGAUCCUUCGGUAACAUUUAAAUUACUCAAGAGCCUCACAGUGAGCGCAUGUGAUACGCUGCUGCAGUUCCCCGCAAUGCAACAGCUAAUGAAGUCAAAUGAAAAAUACGAUCUAAUCUUCACUGAGCCAUUCACGACUGACUGUAUGCUGCCCUUCGUCUACAAAUUUCAGGCACCCAAUAUUGGACUAAUUUCUUCUGUCUUUAUGCCGUGGAAUCCGGAUCGUUUUGGUUUACCUGAAAAUCCGUCUUAUUUGCCUCACAUGUUUCUACAGAGCAGUGACCACAUGAGCUUCUUUGAGCGUCUGAGGAACACGUGGUAUGUAACCUACAGCAAGUUAUUCUUUUACGAGUAUAUAAACAAACCUACAAAUACGGUCGUCAGGAAGUACUUCGGCGACUCUCUCCCUUCUUUAGAGGAAAUCGCUGAAAAUACUAGUAUGCUAUUCGUAAAUUCAAAUCCAACUCUGAAUCCUCCGCGGCCAAUUGUACCAGCUGUUGUGGAGGUCGGCGGAAUACACAUCAAGCCUGCGCAGAAGCUCCCAAAGGACAUCCAGGAGUUCAUGGACGGAGCAGAUCAUGGAGUAAUUUUCUUCACAUUUGGUUCGACAGUCACUGCCAAGAAUUUGAGUGAAGAGAAACGGAAGGCCAUAGUGGAAUCCUUCGCAGAACUACCUCAACGUGUGCUGUGGAAGUGGGAGGAUGAUGAAUUGCCGGGAAAACCACCCAACGUGAUGGGGCACAAGUGGCUGCCUCAGUAUGACAUACUAAGUCAUCCCAAAAUGCGACUGUAUAUUUCUCACGGAGGUCUGAUGGGAACAAUAGAAGCCAUUUACAACGGGGUACCUAUGAUAGGCAUUCCGCUGUUCGGGGACCAGCCUUCUAACGUAAUGAUGUGUGUGAGAAGGGGCGUCGCCCGUCUGCUCCGCUUUCACGAAAUAUCGAAACAGUCGCUAUUGCAGAACAUAAGAGAGGUGAUUAACGACCCUAGGUAUAAGCAAAGGGCUGUAAAGCUGUCACAGGUGUACAAGGACAGGCCCAUGAGUCCUCGGGAAGCUGUUGUCUACUGGUCAGAGUACGUCAUUCGACACAAGGGAGCCAGGCACCUGCGCUCCGCUGCCCUCGAUCUGCAGUGGUACCAACUGCUGCUACUGGAUGUUCUGGCCGUCGUCUUAGUCGGUGUAGUGGCAGUCGUAGUCGUGGGUGUUAGUCUUCUGCAACUAGUCUUGCGAAAAUUUGGGCUACUGAGAAAGGAGUCGUUGGCAGAUCCUUCACUGCAGAAGAAAGAGCAGUAG